AUGAUCAUCAAUGACAACGACCGCACCACGGUGGUAGAAAUCACGGACGGAACCAUUUCAAGGUGGGUCAUGCCCCGCAGCGCUCUUGAAGGCUCGCUGAACGUCUUACGACAGGCUGUCAAAUACAAGGUCAAAAAGUUCGUCAUGACGGCCACGUGGGCUAGCACCUUGGAGCGCAAGCCUCUCUCCUCUGGUGAUCCCGCGGAUUAUUGGACAGGAAAAGUGAUCACCUACAAAGAUUGGGGCCAUGUCACCAGGGAAGAGGUCAUCAAUAGCACGCACGACCCGUUCUGGGUAUACUGUGCGACGAAGCUCUUGUCCGAGAAGGCCAGUUGGAAAUUUGCUGCGGAGCACCCGGAGCUUGACGUCAUUACAGGAGAGAUCUUGAACGUCCCCCCUGUGCCUCAGGAUAUCCAGUCAAAGAGAUACCUUAUGUGCGCGGAGCAAUUAAUUUGGCAGGACGCUGUCCGUGUUUUAGCGAAGAAAUGGCCUGGCGUGGUCAACAGGCUUCCUUCGCUUGAAAACGCGCCUGCUGCCCCAGGCCACUUCCCGAUCACUGAUACCAGUCAGAUUGAAGCGGACCCGAAGAUGUUCGAAUAUAUUGGGUGGGAAGAGAUGGUUGUUGACACAUUUAUCGACUUGAUCGAAGCUGAAACAGGAUGGGAUUGA